AUGAGUGGUUACGAUAGUGCAUUAUCCAUUUUCUCACCAGAUGGACACGUUUUCCAGGUUGAAUACGCAUCAGAAGCAGUUAAAAGAGGUACAUGUGCCGUUGGAGUUAAAGGUAAAGAUACCGUAGUAUUAGGUUGUGAAAAGAGAACAACAUUGAAAUUACAAGAUCCUCGUAUUACUCCAUCCAAGAUAUGUAAAGUAGAUCAUCAUAUCUUAUUAGCAUUUGCCGGAUUGAAUGCCGAUGCCAGAAUAUUGGUUGAUAAGGCAAGAGUAGAAGCUCAAUCUCAUAGAUUAACUUUAGAAGAUGCAGUUUCGGUAGAUUAUUUGACGAAAUAUGUUGCUGGGGUCCAACAGAAAUAUACUCAAUCUGGAGGGGUUAGACCGUUUGGAAUUGCUACUUUGAUUGCUGGAUUUGAUACGAAUGAUACAAUUCCAAAAUUAUAUCAAACUGAACCUUCUGGGGUAUAUAAUGCGUGGAAAGCUCAUGCAAUUGGAAGAUCCUCUAAAACAGUUAAAGAAUUCUUGGAGAAACAUUAUGAAGAAGAUUUAAGUGAAGAAGCAACUAUAAAAUUAACAAUUAAAUCAUUAUUAGAAGUUGUUCAAACCGGAGCUAAAAAUAUUGAAGUUUCCGUGUUAAAACCAGGAAAUGCAAUUAAGAAUUUAGAUUUUGAUGAAAUUAAGAAAUAUGUUGAUGAAAUUGAAGCUGAAAAAGCUGCUGAAGCUGAAAAGAAGAAACCAAAAUCAAGAGAUUAG